GCAAAGCGCUUCGACACGCGCAAGCUUGGACACGCGCAAGGCUGUACGAAGCAGCUCUCACAGGUGUGCUCGCGGAGUGAUGAAGAUCGGCAUGUACAACUUUCAGUGGGCGGGCGGUGAGUUUGAGGUGGAGUUCCGCGAGAAGAACAUCUUCUGGUGCAAGCGCUUUGCGAACGAGGCGAGCUGGACAGAGGUUCAGCCCGGCGUGGUGGGCGUCAAUUGGGGCAAAUACGGCAACUACCAGCUGACGGCGCAGCCCGACGGCUCGUUCGCUGGCGGCGUGCUGACGACGGACGCCUCGGGCGCGCCCGUCGUGAACACGAACGACUGGCGCAAGGCGACCUUCGUGCGCGCCUUCACGCCGGCCGAGGAGCUCCUCUCCGGCUCCGCGUGGAUGCUCCACUACGAGAACGGCGUCCCGUUCCGUGUCGAGUUCCACGCCGACGGCCACUUCCACUCGCCCGCCUACCCCGGCCACCAUCUCUGGAAGCUCAACGGCAACCAGGUCGCCAUCGAGUGGGGCAAGUACGGCAGCUACGACCUCACCCUCGAGGUCGCGGCAGACCGGCGGCAGUCCACGGCGAGCGGCAGCCUGCGCGGCCACCCGGCCUCGUGGCGCAGGCUCACCUACGAGGAGGCGCUGCCCGCGUACGUCUUCAAGGAGAACAGCUGCGGCCACUCGCACUGACGCUCGGGGACGCGUCGGGCACGCCGGCCACCGACACGUGUCGUGUCGCGUAGACGCAUUGGCCGCGAGAGGCACAGAGAGGGGCCGAGCGAAGUAGAGUGAGGGUGCAGCUCACACAGCGAGAGUUUGGAGCAUGUGUAGAGCGUGUCGUAGCGCGCGGACAGAGGCGCAGGCAGGCAGAGGAGAGCGGCUCAGGCCGUAGACACUUGUUGAAAUCGACGUAACAGCGACCUAAUUUAUCCUUAAA